CAAAGACAACCCUACUUGUAACUAGCAUCUGUCCAAGAUGGCUGAAGAAUUCCUCGACGAUCUGAAGGGCUACGAUCCAUUCUUGCCAAGUCAUAACCUUCUGUUACCAUAUUCGUCCACUCCACCAGCGAACACAAGGCACUCGCCGGUACCGACCUCCAUGGCAACCCAAACGCAUUCGGUAUCACACCAUUCGACAACAAAUUUCUCGCCAUCGGCUUCAGGCAGUCAAAACGCCAAUGUCCCUGAGCCAACUCAGCCCAAGUCGGAUUCUACCCCGCCAUGGCGCCGCAAAGCCCCUGCAGGUACACUAGAAGCCCAUACUUUAACUCGGAGGUUUUCUACGAGAGAUGGCAAAGCUCCGACGGCUUUCCAACCAAAGCAACCUUCAGUCGACAUCAUUCGCGACCCAGAUUCUCGCAUCAACCGUCUCGCCAAGUCAAAAGUCGAAAUCCCGAAGACCCUAAUGAGCACCGAGAAACUUGCACCUAGCAAGUGGAUCUAUGUGAACGGCGUAAAGACCGACGGAAAAACAAACCCUAAGAAAUACGGCUGCACUUUGCGAUGGGAACUCGGUCUGUGCUUCAAAACGUUCUUCACUUACGAACGCUGCGAAGAGGGUGAACGGUGUCCCUGGAGGCACAAAUGGUUUGAUGAUGUCGAGUACGUAUUUCUGGAGGAAAUAACGAAGGGGACUCCAGUAGAAGGUUUCUUGGAGCAUUCAGGCCGCUGCUACCUCCGUCCCAAGCCACCCGUUGCGAGCGACAAGAUGGUGACUCUCGGGCGCUCCAGGUCUCCACCUCCCGAAUGCGUCGAGCAACAAGCACCGCCGAGCUUAAAGUACGGGGAGUGA